GUAGUUGAAUGUUGUGGAAGGCCACAAUAGACAUGAGAGGAGAAUCCGUUGAAGGUUAGGAAAUACACUAAUUCCCCUUACUUAACCAAAUCCUAACCAUAUCCUAAUCACCUCAAGUUUCCCAGUUGUUUUUUAAUCACACUCUCACUACUAUAAACACCAUCCACUCCCCUCCCACAUUAAUUAAGGCACCACCAAAAUGACCGGCGGAGCAGAUUCCCUCCAUCAAACCCCGGAGCUCCUGGGCGCCAAGCCGCUGAACAUGACCCGGCGGCCGCGGGGGAGGCCCGCGGGGUCGAAGAACAAGCCGAAGCCCCCCAUCAUCAUCACCCGGGACAGCGCCAACGCGCUCAAGGCCCACGCCAUGGAGGUCGUCUCGGGCUGCGACAUCGCCGAGAAUCUAAUCGGCUUCGCGCGGCGCAAGCAGCGCGGCGUCUGCGUCCUCAGCGCCACGGGCUUCGUCACCAACAUCACCCUCCGCCAGCCCUCCUCGUCUGGCUCCAUCGUCACGCUCCACGGCCGCUUCGAGAUCCUGUCCCUGCUGGGGUCCGUGCUGCCCCCGCCCGCCCCCGCGGGGCUCGCGGUGUACCUGGCCGGGGCGCAGGGGCAGGUUGUUGGGGGGAGCGUGGUGGGCGCGCUCAUUGCGUCGGGCCCUGUUGUCAUCAUGGCGGCCACGUUCAUGAACGCCACGUUUGACCGGCUGCCGUUGGACGACGGCGAGGAGGUGGGGGCGGGCAAGCAUUAUCAGAAUAACAGACAGCAGCGCCACCACGUGGAUGAUGUGUAUGGGAUUCCGCAGAAUCUGCUCACUAAUGGAGCUUUGCCUUCCGACGGAUAUGGGUGGGGACAGGGCCGGGCCGGGUCGAAACAGUGAUUGGAUUUCUUGAUUCAAGGAUGGGAUGUUUAUUUUCCGUAUGUGGUAUGGAUGUUGUACGUGUAUGCUAUGCAAACCAACUUUAAAGUACUAUAACUUCAUUCUUCAUUUCUAUUA